UCGAGCGCGCACGCUCUGCGUUCUUCCCCGCCCGGGCGGCCUUGCGACCGUGGCGCAGGAGGUGGGACCGGCUGGCGGGAAGGCUCGGGGCGCCGGCGCACGCGGAGUGGGGACCUCGGGGGUCGGACGCCGCUCGCAGGAGCCGCGGAGGGCCAGCGGAGCUCGAAGUUCCUAGCCCGGAGAGUCCCGUGCCUGGACGGCCCCGGCCUGGAGUCUGAGGUCGCAGCCGUGCUCCCGCAGCUGCGGUGGUCACGGAGAAGCGGCUGGAUCCCUGAGCGGCGUGUGGGAACUGCAGCUGGACGGCGGUCGCCGGAGGAGCAGCCACAUCGGACACAGCUGUCCCGUGCGCACAGGGCCCGGGACCGCACUCCCCUGGCUGAGCCGCAGCGCGAUGGCCCGCUUGACCGCGGCCAUGCAGGCUUGAGCGGACGCCCAGGGCGCGCAGGGGACAACCGCGGGCGCAGGCUGCAGCACUCCGCCGCUGACUUCCCAGCCCCGCGGGCAGUGAAGCCGCUUGCCAUGGAGCCGGUGACCAAGUGGAGCCCCAAACAAGUGGUGGACUGGACUAGAGGGUUGGAUGACUGCCUGCAGCCGUACGUUCACAAGUUCGAGCGGGAGAAGAUAGACGGGGAGCAGCUGCUGAAGAUCUCCCACCAGGAUCUGGAGGAGCUGGGGGUCACACGGAUUGGACACCAGGAGCUCGUGUUGGAGGCUGUGGACCUCCUCUGUGCACUGAAUUAUGGCCUUGAAACCGAUAAUAUGAAGAACUUGGUUCUGAAACUUCGAGCGUCUUCCCACAAUUUGCAGAAUUACAUCAGUAGCCGGCGGAAGAACCCGGCUUACGAUGGGAGCACGUCCCGCAAGCCCCCUAACGAGUUCCUGACUUCUGUGGUGGAGCUCAUAGGCUCCGCCAAGGCCUUGCUGGCUUGGCUGGACCGGGCUCCGUUCACAGGGAUCACGGAUUUCUCUGUGACGAAGAAGAAAAUCAUCCAGCUGUGCUUGGACCUGACCACAACAGUCCAGAAGGAUUGCGUCGUAGCAGAGAUGGAGGAUAAAGUUUUAAAUGUGGUCAAGGUUUUAAAUGGCAUCUGUGAUAAAACAGUGCGCUCUACUACAGACCCUGUUAUGAGCCAGUGUGCAUGCCUGGAGGAAGUUCACUUACCGAAUGUUAGACCCGGGGAAGGCCUGGGCAUGUACAUCAAAUCAACCUAUGAUGGAUUGCAUGUGAUCACCGGAACCACAGAAAAUUCUCCUGCAGACAGGUCUCAGAAGAUUCACGCUGGUGAUGAAGUCAUUCAAGUGAACCGGCAGACUGUGGUCGGGUGGCAGCUGAAAAAUCUGGUGAGAAAGUUAAGAGAGAAUCCCACGGGGGUGGUGCUGCUGCUGAAGAAGAGGCCCAUAGGCUCCUUCAGCUUUACUCCGGCCCCCCUGAAGAACCUCCGGUGGAAGCCGCCCCUCGUGCAGACCUCACCCCCACCCACCACAACCCAGUCCCCAGAGAGCACCAUGGAUGCCUCCCUGAAGAAGGAGAAGUCAGCCAUCUUGGAUCUGUACAUUCCUCCCCCACCUGCUGUGCCCUACUCCCCCCGGGACGAGAAUGGGAGCUUUGCCUAUGGAGGACCCAGUAAGAGUAAACAGCCGUUGCCUGGGCGUAAGGGUUCCGAGUCCCCUAACUCCUUCCUGGACCAGGAGAGCCAAAGAUGCAGAUUUACCAUCGCUGAUUCUGACCAGUUGCCGGCUUACUCGGUGGGAACCAACAUCCUCCCCGCAAAAAUGAGAGGGAAGACACCAUCCUAUGGCAAACCCCGGCCUCUGUCCAUGCCUGCAGAUGGGAACUGGAUGGGGAUUGUGGACCCGUUUGCUAGACCUCGAGGUCACGGGAGGAAAGGGGAAGAGGCCCUCUGCCGCUACUUCAGUAAUGAGCGGAUCACACCCAUCACUGAAGAAAGCGCCUCGCCUGCGUACCGGUUCUCCAGACCCACAACUGAGCGGCACCUGGUGCGAGGUGCGGACUACAUUCGAGGGAGCAGGUGCUAUAUCAACUCGGAUCUGCACAGCAGCGCCACCAUGCCCUUCCAGGAGGAAGGGCCCAAGAAGAAAUCAGCCUCCUCAUCGGCCAAGGCAUCCUCCGGGGAGCCUUCGCUGCUGGUCAGCUGGCUGACUCGCCUCAAGCUGUUGACUCACUGAGGCUGCCCCACCAGCCUCCUGCUGCCUGUCUCCUGCUAAGCAAGUGCCUUCUUCCUCAGGGGACAGCUGCUUCAGACUCCGUCCGCAGUGCUCCAGGCGACCUUCCUUCAUUCCAUGGUGUUUUGGUUUUUUAAGGUUGCACGCGGCCGUUCCUGGAAUUUUGAAGUCCUUGGCAGGCAUCUGGUCCAGAGGAUCUUAGGUGCUGUUUGUGGAGGCAGAAGGAAGGACGGACAUGGCACAGCCUGCUCAUUUUUGCCUCCCCAUUGUGGGAACAUGGAGACAUGCUCUGUAAAUUGUGCAUUGGCCAGACAAGUUAAUGUCAGGAAUUGGCAACGUUGUUCACUUUUGUUUUCUUGGGCAGCAGGGGACUAAGGUUGAUGGCUUUUGUCACAUUGAUGUGUUGGUUUGUGGUCCAACUUUUGUGUCUGAAGAAGCCGAAGGAGAAAACUGUUUUGAUAUUUUUUUUUUUUUAAAGCUAUAGACCAUAUUUAUAAGUGUGGCUGCGUCCACGGCAGAGUGGCGUGGUAAGUGUGUGAGGCUCUUUGGAGCAGGGCUUUACCUGUAGGUCAGCUGUUACACAUGGUUAGCUCCCCCUUUUCUAUAACAACCUCCGUUGAGGUGAGCCAGUACGGACUCUUGAGCACACUUUGAUGGGGUGUGUGGUAGACACAAGAAAGUGUGUUGCUUUUUGUGAGGGGUGUUGCAGUUGUUCUGUGUGUUGUUCUGUGAGGGAAAGAAGCUAUAAGGUUUGCUGAGAGCCAAAGUAUCAUUCAGGAAAAUGAAGCAACAAGAUUUAGAGUGAUGAGACAUUGGUCAGUUUACAUUAUUGACCUGUUUGAUGUCUGUCUGCUGGAAAAAAAAAAAAAAACCUACAGCCCUUCCCAG